AUGUUUCAGAGGUCAGUCAGGGAUGCGGCACUCUGUCUACGAUGCCAGAAUUGCCUCCGACCCUUAUGGCGACCCUUAACUCCCAUUUCUCUCGCCCCGUCGCCAAACCGACAAUUCCAGACGACCGCCUGCAGCAACGAGGAGAAUGCAGAUUCAGAGACAACUAAAAGCCAAGGCCCGAAAUUCUCCACGCGUCGCAAGGGCCGGGGCUAUCAUAUAGAGCAGCUUGAUUCGAUAACUCUUGGGAACCCUUCACAUGUGCUUGUCGUUGACCAAAAGGCCAAGCGCACUAAGCAAGUGACGGAAAAGAAGGACGAAAAUCCGCGAUUGAACCGCCCGUCUGAAGUCUUGGAGGAGGUGGAUAGAGAGCGAUAUAGAGUAGUUGGAGCGACUGAGGUAUCGGCGAAUUUCGAGUACCUCCGCUCGCUUCAUAAACCUGGAGAUCACCUAUUUCCAGUCAACUGGGACAAGCUCCGAGACGUUCUUCAACAUGGUUUCACGCAACCGCAAUUGGCGCGUUAUGUUAAGGAGUAUGAAGCUAAUGAGGAAGUCAAGACGAAGAGCAAACCCAACGGCGAUAUCGUACCCUCGGACAGACCAAGAACGUGGAAGUGGAAAGUUGGGACACCUCAUGAAGCUCAGGAGGACCUUUCACCAAAACUCAAGAAAACAAGAUAUGUGCAAGGAAAAGCUUAUUUGGCCGAAAAGAUCAUGAGGGAUUGCUGGGGGCUUUUGAUCCGAAAUGAAAUUGGGCACGCGGAUCUUCACGUACAGUCCGACUGUCUCUCUACAUUUCUCUUGUCCAAUUCAGUACCGCUAAGGACGGUUGCGGAAGCGCACAACGUGAAGAUCGAUGUCACAAAGGCCUUUAACCGGAUUAGAAUAAUAGGCCCCGAGUCCGACGCACUCCAGGCUUACACUGCUGUGGAACAGUUGGUGGCUCGAAUUCGCUCCAAAGAAGUUGAUCUCCCGAAACAUGGUUCCCUGUUUCCAGGCGAAGAAAAUGCGGAAUUCGAAGAGGCUUUCAUACAGGCACUGCAAGAGGAACAUGGAUUGUUUUGCCGGAUAAAUAAAGACUCGAAAAAAUUCGUCUGCUAUUAUUUGGAUGAAAACAAAUUGGAUGCUGAAAAAGUAUGCAAAAGCAUAUCUCUUGCUACAUCUUUGCCUCUUGAUCAGGCCAAUCGUCCUUUUACAUACUUCCCAAGCGAUCAACCAGCGAAUGUCUAUUCCAUGAUAAACCCAGAAUAUAUGUCCUUUCCGGAUCGCAACAAAAACUGGUUUAGAUGGGCCAAGCCUCUUCUCGAAAAUUCCAUACAAGGUGGAAGAGCAGCUAGGAGACCGCCGGCAGAUAUUUACAGCAAAGAGCCUACCGCUCCUCAAAGUAGGAUCCGCGAUUCACUCCUCGAACACCAUCCCGUGCAAAGUAGCAUCGAGCCUUUCACGCACGAAACCGUUACAGCCGCUGUCGGCAAGUGUCUUUUCCAGAGGGAACCCAAGUUCAAGGCUGAUGAGAUUACUUUCUCGGAAAUUGAAUCUUCAUUGCCAAAGAGAACCUUCAUCGCAGACGUCCCGAAUACUUGGUCUUUUCUGAAAACACUUUCACCAGUUGACACUGACGCAGCGAUUCAUCGAAUUCGUCUUUUGCCGUCUCCAAGCAAUGACGUUAAUUUUCCCGUAUUAGAGUUAGAAAUGGAAGUUCCUCAGACCAAGGAAUGGCGCGGGUUCGUUGCCACUCCGGUAUUUAGAAAAGCGACCGCAAUUCUCAGAGAGAACCAUGCCGACAUGCUUUUGCCAGAAACAGCUUUGGAUAUUCGAUUUACCAGGACCGUUCACUAUGACCUUCUCGAGGGUAGUCAACUCGCCUCCGUCAUUUCCGACAAACAUCCUUCGCACUCAUCCCUCUUACAGUGCGUAGCGAGCUUGAAUUACUUGCUACCGAUUUCUCGCCAUCAACCUCCGAUGCCUUUGUUUUGCAAGGUUUCACUCCCCAAAAAGUUGCUGGCAAUGUCGGAAUCGUCGUCGGGCCAGAAGGGCGAAACCGAAGGAGGUGCGGAAGGCUCGGCUCGGGAUACAGAAUUUAUCGAAGGCGAGUACGUCUUCCCGCCUCUGCGUUCACUUACGGCUGCAAGAAUUGCGAGGUUCAAUUAUAAAGACCUUGAGCUCAGCUUCUCCAACCCAAGAACGGGGCCUCUGUUUCCAAUUCAAAACAUCAAUAUGAGUCUGUCCGUUGGCCGGUCUGACGAUGAGUUACGACCGUUGAUUGCUUCUCGAGAGAAUCGCGGCUCAGCGCCUCCCGCGAUGGGUAGGGAAUCUCUGAGGCUGCUGUUCCCGCCUUUGUACAGCCGCGCAUGCCAGCUGGCUUUUGAAUUGAGUGCACAUAGAGAGAACAACACAGAUGACUCUGAAUGA